GUAUUUUUAUUUGCGGUCUUUUACAAAAUUCACGACUUUGCUUUGUAAGAAAUAAGAAAUUCUUGGAGUUUCCUAAAAUAGCUGGGUACAGUUGCUGGAAUUUAUUUUACCCAUGAUGCUCUAGACUAGGUUACAAUCAGGAAGCAAUAAGUUGAAGUGAUCAGUUUCGCAGACAUUUAAUUUUAGAUUGCACGAUUUAGAUUUCUCACUUAUCAUUUUGUUUUUGUCGUCAGCUGAAAACCAACAGGGAUUCAAACGAAAAACUAAAGCCGACAUGGCGGACAGUGGAGAGACCCCAGGACCCUCCUCUGAUGCCAAAAUCAUCAAAGUGACAGUCAAAACUCCUAAGGAGAAAGAGGAGUUCGCCGUGCCUGAAGACAGCACCAUCAAGCAGUUCAAAGAAGAAAUAUCAAAGCGUUUCAAGGCACAGACAGAGCAACUGGUUCUGAUAUUUGCUGGUAAAAUCUUGAAAGAUCAGGAUCUGCUUACCCAGCAUGGUAUCCAUGAUGGGUUGACUGUUCACCUUGUUAUCAAAACACAGAGCAGGUCACAGGACCAAGCAGCCCAGUCAUCCAGCAGCUCGUCUAGCAGUAGUGCAGGAGUCUCCACUGAGUCUAGCAGCACAACUACAGCUACUACAACACCAGCCUCCAGCAAUCCUUUAAGUCUUGGGGGCUUUGGAGGACUGGCAGGCCUAAGUGGAUUAGGAAUGAACACUGCCAACUUCUCUGAGCUGCAGAGCCAGAUGCAGAGGCAGUUGAUGUCCAACCCAGAAAUGAUGGCUCAGAUCAUGGAAAACCCCUUUGUACAGAGCAUGCUGUCAAACCCGGACCUGAUGAGGCAGUUAAUUAUGGCAAACCCCCAGAUGCAACAGUUGAUUCAACGAAAUCCAGAGAUCAGUCACAUGCUGAAUAAUCCAGACAUAAUGAGACAAACUUUGGAGCUUGCCAGAAAUCCAGCGAUGAUGCAGGAGAUGAUGAGAAACCAGGACAGGGCACUAAGCAACCUCGAGAGUAUUCCGGGAGGCUACAACGCUCUGAGGCGGAUGUACACUGACAUUCAAGAACCAAUGCUGAAUGCCGCUCAAGAGCAGUUUGGAGGAAACCCCUUUGCGUCAUUGGUGAACAGUGCAUCUGGAGGGGGGAGUCAGCCUUCACGCACUGAAAACAGGGACCCUCUGCCCAACCCCUGGGCACCGCCUGCCAGCUCACAGCCUGCCUCCUCCAGUGCCACUGGCGUCACUGCUAGCACCACUGCCCCUGCCAGUGCCAAUCCGGCACAAGGCACUGCCCACCCCAGCCUGGGGCCAGGACUGGGAGCAGGAAUGUUUAAUACACCUGGAAUGCAGAGCUUGUUGCAGCAGAUAACGGAUAAUCCACAGCUGAUGCAGAAUAUGCUGUCAGCUCCGUACAUGAGAAGUAUGAUGCAAUCAUUGAGCCAGAACCCAGACCUAGCUGCACAGAUGAUGCUGAAUAACCCACUGUUUGCUGGAAACCCACAGCUGCAAGAGCAGAUGAGACAGCAACUCCCUGUGUUCCUUCAGCAGAUGCAAAAUCCAGAAACCUUAGCUGCCAUGUCAAAUCCUAGAGCAAUGCAGGCCUUGCUACAAAUCCAACAGGGUUUGCAGACUUUGGCAACAGAGGCUCCGGGCUUUAUUCCAGGGUUAAACGUGGGUGGUCUCGGAGGACUGGGGAGUGCUGGUGCUCCAGGCAGUAGCUCUGUUACAGGUUCUGGUACUGGGGACAUAACAAGCAGCAGUCAUGGAAGCCUGGAGGCAGGGCAGCAACAGUUUGUCCAGCAGAUGUUGCAAGCCCUUGCUGGAACCAGUCCGCAGGCUCAGAAUCCAGAAGUAAGGUUUCAGCAACAACUAGAACAACUCAGCGCAAUGGGAUUUCUUAACCGUGAAGCCAAUUUGCAAGCACUUAUCGCAACAGGAGGAGACAUCAACGCUGCAAUUGAGAGGCUACUGGGGUCGCAACCCUCAUAGCACCCCUCUUUCAGGCUGCAAACAAAUGUAAUUUAUUUUUGAUAUAACAGCUGUUCAAUCUUUAAAAUACUUGCUUUAUUUCACUUUGAACCUGAAGACAUUGGUCUUAUGUUUAGGAAGUUUGGGAGCGUUGUAAAGUGAAGUGUAGUAGUUGUAUAUGAGCAGUGGGAAUCAGUCCAUUUUCACUAAUAAUGUUGCAUGAUUCCAAAACAAAACUGAAGACUUUAACACAUUCAUUGUGGUUUUUUAGACCAUUCUCAGCUUCUUACAGUUGUGUGAGCUGGUGUAUAUGAUGCGAAACUGUCAUACUUUGUAUUUCCGUUUUUGGUUCUUAGCCUUCAGUAGUAAUUUAUAUUCAGUUCAAAGACAAAACAGGCUAGAGUACAACUGAUCACGGCUGCAAUUGUGGUAUAUUGCUUCUUGGUUAAAUAGCAUGUUAUUUUUGCUAAUGGAGCCUUAAGAUACAUGACCAGAUGUAUAAAACUGGUAUGCUAACGUAAUUAUCCAGAACAGUGUUUCUAGAAGUGUUAAACAGAUGUAUAACUCAUUCAAAAAAUUACAAUUAUAACAAAAUUUGAAUUACAGUUGUAGACUUUGAAUUUCCACAUUAUGUAAUUACAUUAUGUAAUUUAAGUGAACUGAAGAAUCUUGUUAGAAACACUGAUCUGGAAAUCUAUACAUGUAGUACACCUGUACAGAGAGAUAGCAUUAUAAUUUGUCUUCUAAUAUAUACAGUGGUUAACCAUCCUUGAUUGUUAAAAUCCUGCGUCCCUUUGAAGAGCACUGUAUACCCAAAUUAAACUGGUGUGCUUUUUUAUUUUAUCAUCGGUUGACUCCUCGUUCUAUUCAAGAAAAGCGUUAGGAUUUGCAUCUCAAGAUGCAUUUUCAAUUCAAAAUGUCACUUGUGAUAUUAAUCUUGUUACUUUUAACUGCCUUGUAAAAAAUUAUAUCUUUUUGGUUUUUAUCCAUAGCUAAUUCCUCCUGUUCACAGGUCAAUAAAAUCAAGUGUAUAAAAAUA